AUGUCUUGUCCCUCGCCCACGCCAAUCUCGACGGAGUACACGACGUCGACGUCGCUCAUCACCUCCAUCUCCAUCGAUACGGCGACAUUUAGUCUGCCCGGCGGCAUCACUGGUCAGAAUCCAUUCUCAGAAGUGACUCGGACGAUUACCAGCACGCAGCUGCUCACUUCUCCCAUCUCCACCAUCUUCACCACGCCGCCUUGCCAGAGCAGCGAAGGAGGAACGACGCAGGAACAACAGACGACGACGACGCAGCUGCAGAGACCUACCACUCAAGCGCCAGCUACGACGACGACGGUGCAGCCAGUCACGCUCACCUCUGCUAGCACUUCCAACGGUCAAGUCGUCAUCGUCACCCUCACCAGCACGCCCGCUGCUGAGCCUUCCAACAAUUCGAACUCUGGAAAUGGAAAUGGCGCAAGCUCGUCCAGCGGAGCGUCUCAGCAUACAGGUGCGAUCGUUGGAGGAGUGGUGGGCGGUACGGCGCUGAUCGUCAUCGUGGCAAUCUUGGCGCGAUGGCUGGUGGUGAGGAGCAGAAGGGAUAGGGAUACGAAAGCUCUCAAUGCCUUUUUCGGCGCUGGUAGCGGUGGUGGUGGUGCAGGAUUGUUCGGCUUGUCUUUUGGAGGCAAGGAUGAGAAGCAUGAGCAGCAGCAGCAGCAGCAGCAACAACAACAACAGCAAAGGGAUGAUUUGGAUGUGGAUGUGGAUGAGGACGAGUAUGCGGAUGCACACACUUCGCCGCACCACGCUCAGCAACCUCAGUGGGCGCCUGGCGGUCAUGCCAGCGAAGCUGCGUAUGGACCCGGCAUGGCUGGUGUGGCUGGUGCUGCGGCGCAUGGCGCUUAUGGUUGGAACAACCACGAUGGAGCAUACAGCAAUGCUGGGCCCUACACGCAGUCAGGUCACGCUCACGCUCACGCUCACGCUCACGGUGGUGGUGGUGGUGGUGCGACCAGCGAUGGUGCGCACGCGCACGCGCAAUACGCAGCAUACGCCAACAACGGUGCUUCAUCCGCAGAUCACCGCGGUGCUGCUGCUGCUGCUGCUGCACCCUCGCACGCUUCUCCUCCAGGCACGGCGCAUGGCGCUUCUUCAACCGCAGAAGGCGUCUAUCCUCCAUCCAGAUACGCCUUCCUGGACGUGGGUGCAGGUGCUGGACCUACCGGCGGCGCAGGCAACGAUGCAGCACCUCCUUACGCACCACCACCACCGCCACUGAGCGGAUCCGCAUCCGCAUCCGCCUCUCACAACCAAACGCCAAACUUGUCCGCAGCUCCUUCUUUUAACAAUACGAGGACACCCGAUGCAUCAGCAUCGAGAUCUCAAAAUGCCUCGCAGCAGCGCGAACAGUCGCCUUUGCAAGCCUACAAUAACAACAUGGCCAGACAAACUUCGCACAUCCUUGCCGGCUUACCACCUAGCGCGCCCACCUCUCCUCAGCAGCGCAACAACAGACCUCUGAGCAGCGCUGGCGCUGGUGCUGGUGCUGGCGCUGGCACUGAAAGACCUGCUGCGGCGGCGGCGCAUGAAGACGAUGCGGAGACGGAGAGAGUUGCAGCUCAGCUUUGGGGAGCUCAUAGAGGUCUGCGCGUGGCCAAUGCGGAGGUGGGAACGCCUUGA